UCUCUCGUCAGCUUUACGCUUCUCUGAUUCCGCGUCCUUAUCUCGUCGCCAUGAUAAAGCAAUGAUUCGGUUGUAAUCGAACUAGAUCACUCGACACACACUCCUCCCCUGCAGCGCCGACCCCACGCGGAUCCGAGGGCGGGCCGGGCGUUCUCGGCGAACAGCGCGAGGAAGCCGAGCUGACCACCAGCUUGCCGUCGAUGGGGUCGUUCAAGGGCCACGUGCUGCCGGGGACGCUGUUCCUGGCGGUGGGCCUGUGGCGGGUGUGGGCGUCCGUCGCGCGCUUCGCCGCCGGCCCUUCGUCCUUCCGCGUCCGCGCCUGGAACCCCGUCUCGGCGGGGCCGGCGCCGCUGCGGCUUCUGGAGCUGUACGUGGUGGCCGGCGGCGCGUUCGCGGACAUGUGCGUGGAGGUGCUCUACUCCACGCACCUCCGCAUCUUCGCCGGCGGCGAGGUCAACCCGGCCCACCUCAACGACCUCGAGCACGGCGGCAUGCUCCUCAUGUUCUUCCUCUUCGGGGCGCUCGCCCUUCUCUCCCAGAAAACCAGGUACCUGCCGCUGUCGGACGGCGCGCUGAGCCUGGUGGCGGCGACGGCGUUCACAGCGGAGUUCCUGCUCUUCUACUUCCACUCCACGACCCACAUGGGCCUGGAGGGCUACUACCACUACCUCCUGGUCAUCCUCGUCGGCCUCUGCAUCCUCGCCACAGUCCUCGGCGCGCUCCUGCCCGCCAGCUUCCCCGCCGACCUCGGCGCCGGCGUGCUCAUCGCCCUGCAGGGCCUGUGGUUCUACCAGACCGCACUAACGCUGUACGGUCCCAUGCUCCCCGCCGGGUGCAGCCGGGACGCCGACGGCCACGUCGACUGCCGGAACCGCGCCGCGCAGGAGCGCGCCGAGCAGGUCGCCAACUUCCAGCUGUUCGGGAUCGUGUUCCUCGCGUUCGUGUACGUGCUCGGGUGCUACGCCGUCGCCUCCGCGAGGUACGGACACCCGGACCUGACGACGACGCAUGGCAAGCACGUCGCCGGCGCCGGCUCCGAGGAGGAGUGCGCGAUCUAGCGGCCAUUGCUGCUGCGUUCUUCUUGGAUUUGGUAUAGGAGUGAAUAUAUGUUCAGAAAUGGCUGAGCUGUUCGGAGUUUCAGAAUUGAGCUCAGCUAAGGGUACGCAGUGUACAUUGGGAUUAAUUACAGCAAAAUAGCCAAAUAUUUUGGCACAAAUUCACCAAA